AUGGCAGGAUCCGCCGUCAUGCUCGAUGAUCCGGCCGCUUUCACGGGCCUUCUCACUAGAUGGGCGGUCCCGGAUGCAGUCAAGGAUAAGCUUCAUGAUGCCGGCUACAACACCAUGGCCCUCCUGGCCCAUGCUCUCCCGUCUUUGGAUGACCUCGAGGCCUUUGUUGAGUCUUGGCUGGGCAGAGCAGUGGGUGCGGACCCGACGGUCCCCAUUUUCUCUCCGGAGGCGGCUGCCCUUCGUCGUGUGCUUAAAGAGUGCAUCAACCUGGCAGGGCCGGCCGGUGCUUCGUCCCCGGCUGCACCGACCCCGGUCAUGCCAAGUCUGCCUUUCCUGAAUGCGGUCAAGGAUGCGGUCGAUUCCAAGCAGCUCUCCUGGAUUUCAUGGCGACUUCGGACGAGUGAGUCAGAUGAACAGGCUCUCACCGAGCGACGCAAGCCGCGCACGGACUUGCAGAUGCUACAGUCACUGCUCGGUCCGGUCUCGGAUGAACUUGUGGUGGAUGUUCCGCAGCACCUCCCCCUUGAGUCUGUUAUUCGUCGAUACCUUGACCGCGUGUCUUAUGCCCUAGCGGUUCUUGAUGCCUGCCACUUACUGACUCUGAAGAAACUCUCGGAGAAAUUUGUGAGCCUGGCGACGGCGAUCCCGAUUGACCGUUCCCUGCGAGGACCCACGCUGGCAGAGGCUAUGGAUGCCGACCGUGUGCUUUGGAGUGCCAUCUGCUCCUUGCAGAAGGAAUACGGCUGGUCUUUGCAGGAUUGUGUCUCUGAAUUGACACAUGUCCGUUCGGACCUUCACAACGCUUUGGCUCCGCGGCCGAAGAUGCACCAGGGUGGAGGUGAGCCUCGUGGCAAACGCCAGCGCACUGAACCGCCGCCCGCUCCGCAUCCAAAUCCUCGAGCCAAAGCCAAGAGCAAGGCCAAGCCACGCAAGAGUGCGGAUGCGGGUUCCUCCAAAGAUCGCGUCUCCAUCAGCAACUGGCCGAGCAAUUGGGCUCGCCAAAUCGGCUCGCUGACCUUUUGCUGCAAGAAGCACCUGACCUUGAUGAUCGGGUUUUUCCACUCAUCUUUUGUCUUGAUCGACGGCAUUGCCUCCGAGGCGCACUGUGACACAGCCAACUCGGACCUGCCCAAUGUGGUCAUUCCCAUUUCAUGUUUCUCCGGGGGUGAGUUGCGGGUUGCGCACCCAUCCGGGGCCGAUGUGAUGGUACAUGAUGGCGUCAAGCGCCCGGCUGUCUCCCUACCAGUGUGUCGCGGCCCGGUGAUCUUCACUGCCUCGUCUUGCCUUCAUGAAGUCCUGCCCUUUGAAGGCCGCCGUCUGGUUCUAGUGGGUUACACACUUCGAGCUUGCGAGUCGCUGGCUGCCGAUCAGCGGGACUUGCUCCCACGGCCCAAUUCCGUCAGUGCGGUCGGUUCCGGCCACCAACUCCGGCCAGGGAUUUGCCCUGACUUGCCCCAAUUGCCUGAUUCCGACUUUGUCUGCGACUGCAAUUCGGGGCGUUUCUUUCUGGAUAUUUGUUCCGGGGCCGGGGCUCCUGUCAGUGCGGCUAUGCAAGCCUUGGGCAAGGACUGCUUUCAACCAGUUGACAUCAUUCAUUGCCAGGAUUUCGACCUUCUGGAUGAUGACUUUUUUGCUCAACUCCUGGCGCUCUGCUCCAGCGGCGUGGUGGGAGCGGCCAUAGCGUCUCCGCCCUGCGGGGAAUUCAGCCUUCUCAAACUUCGACCGGGCGGACCGCCCCCGUGCCGCACACCGGAGGAGCCGCUCGGUUGUCUUUCCAACGAUUGGCAUCAAUCUAUGGUGGCUCAGAACAGCGCUUUACUUCAUGAUCGAUGUCGGGAGCUUCUCUCCAGUGUCGCGGCUCUCGGAGGCUGCAUUGUUUUUGAACAGCCGCCAUCUUCCAUGACUUUUUUGACAGAGACCAUGCAACAGUGGACAUCCAGCACACUUUCAUUCGGUGCCCAAGUUGCAGCUUGUCAUCAGGGCAUGGAUGUGUCCAAGCGCUGGCUCUUCUUAUCCAACAGGCCGGACAUACUCGACCUCGCGUCCGAGUGCCAACAUGGAUCCCGGGCGCACAAGGCUGUGUGGGGGAUUCGAGCAGAUGAUGGAAGUUUCCUUAGCCGAAUGACGGCUGCGUACCCGAAAUCGCUGGCGGCCGCUUUGGCUGCCCUUCUGGGAAAGUACACUUCGUCUCAGGGCCGGCUGCUUCCCUGUGCUGAGUGGCGCUCUGUUCUGCCCCUGGACCCAGUUUGGCCUCAGCUGGGUCGCCGCGUUGAGGAUGGGGCAGGUGUCAACAGUACAGCGUGCUGGAUUACUCCACAAGCUGAUGACCACCUUGCAGGUCUCCGUAAGAAGUGGACGCAGCAUCUGGUCGACAGUCGUCUCUGUCUCCGCAUCUGUUCCACGUUGCGGGCUGGUACCGAUUGUCCACCAAUCAGCGCAGAGGAGCUUCAGCCUUUUCUCGAUGACCUGUGUUGCUUUUGUGAGGUUCCUGCAACAGAGUUCGAGAAUUUUCUGUCGAUUCAACCGGGACAGCCUUUCCGCAUGAACGUCCUGGAGAAGCUGCUGGCUGUGUGCGAAUGCACUGCGGAUCCGAUUGUGUCGGACCUCGUGAUUUGCGAAGGUUCUUGGAAAAGUGCCUCCGAUCACCCGGAGCAGGUCCGGGAGCUCCUGGCUCAGGAAAUCGCUGAAGGCUGGAUCGUGGAGAGACCUUCGGUUCAAUACCUGCAUGAUCACUUCCCGGCGGUGGCUAUCGGCAAACUUGGACUGGUUCUGGCCGAAGGUAGGUCGCCUCGACUCACGGUCGACAGCUCGAUUAGUGGUGUCACGGCUGCUUGUCAGAUUCCAAAUCACAUGCUGCUGCCACGCAUAUCCGACGUUGAGGAUUGCGCUCCCUCCUGCCUAGGCCGCCAACCUUGGAUCACGAUUUCUUUGGAUGUGCGCAAGGCUCACCGCAUGGUCAUGGUGGAACACUGUGACCAGGCUCUGCUGGCUUUCACCUUCGAGGGGCGCGUCUUCACGUCCAGCACCCUUAAUUUCGGGGCCAGAGCUUCUGCUUUUUGGUGGGCCAGAGUUGGUGGAGCCCUGCUUCGUCUGUCGCACGCAGCGAUCUGGCUUUCACAUCUGCUUUGGGGCUACGUGGACGAUUUUUUGGGAGGUUUCCGCGGCGAUGUGGCUCCGAUCUCUGCCUCCAUUUGGAUUCUCUUGCUCCUAGCACUGGGAGUACCACUUUCUUGGCCAAAGUGUGUCUGGUCGUCGGAGUGCAUUUGGAUUGGAUGGUCCAUCAACCUUGAAAGCUGGGUUUGCGAGCUUCCGUCUGCGAAAAUUUCCAAAAUUCUUGAUCAAAUCGCUGAGCUACUUUCUGCUGGGGACAAGGUCAAGUUCAAAACUUUGGAAUCACUCAUCGGACGCCUUUUGUGGGUUACCGGCUUGUGGACGGUGCUUCGGCCUUUGCUGUCCCCAUUAUAUGCAGCUCUGCAGCGCCUACCAGCUUCCUCGGUUGGUGUCAGCCCUGAGCUGUGGGCUGCGAUCAAGCGCGACAUCGCUGAGGAUUGCGUGCUGACCCGCUCUGUUGGGCAUCCGUCCUUCCAUAAAGGCGCUUGCGUUACCCGUGCGGCCAAUACAUUUGUGUCUUGCAAGCAGGACCUUGAUCAGGUGCCAUUCAGGAAGCGCCGAUUGUGGGUCGAGGUAAAGGAUCCUGGGCAUCCGCUGCGAGUCCUCGGGGAUGUCGGCAGGUCAAGCUUAAUUGCGUGGCGUGCCAUUUUCCAGGGCACCCCCUUCAUGAAGGCGCUUCGUAGCCCACUCCCGCUGAAGGUCAUCGCGGAGGCGGAUGCCUUUGCCGAUGCGGAGGCGCAUAUUUCGGCGUUGGAACUCCUGGCUCAAUUACUGCUGCUUUGGUGCGUCUUCGCCACUCUGCCUUCCAAUCGUGGACUCUGUCGGGCUUGCCUUCGAUCGGACAACUCCGGUGCAGAGGCCUGUGCCUCCAAGGGCCUUUCCUCGGUGCUGUCCAUGAGCGAGAUUGUCAAGAAGUUCCUUGCUUUUCAGGCGUGGUCUGGUGUCCAAGCGGAGGUCGAGCAUGUACCUGGGUAUCGCAAUGAACUUGCAGAUGCGCUCAGCAGGCUUACGCCUACUGACAUUGCACCAUUGCCCCUGGGUGACCGUGUGCAUCCGCCUUUGCAAUGGCUUCUUGAGCAGCGGCUCUUGCUGGUGCUGAUGCUACGUGCUGAAGUUGCGAGCCUGCGCAAUUCCAGCUUGGCUGCACUCUGGGAUGCGAUCUAUGCCUUGCAGGUCCAGCUCAACGAGGUUCGCCCGCGUGGCGAGGAUGACCAUUUUUCAUUCGUGUUCACGGCGGUCGAAGAGAACACCGCAGCUCGCCUGCUGCGCUCGCCUUUGGCGAAUGUUCGCUGCCUGCGCUAUCAUGAACAACGUCUGGACGCUCUUGUCAAUCUCAAUGCUGACAUCGAACGUCGACUUCGCUCGCUGGACUUGGCAUUGUCUCGAGCCUCAGGCUAG